AUGGCUUUUCAUAAGGGAAUCCAAGAGGCUAUCCGGCUAGGAAUUCAAAAUCUUCAUAUUGAAGGCGAUAACCUGCUUGUCAUUAACUCACUUAAAGGAAUCUGGAAAGUUCCAUGGAAGCUUCAAAACAUUAUCCAGGAUAUCAAGACUCUUCUUCACCAAUUUCGUAAUGUUCAUACUCAACAUGUGUUUAGAGAGGCAAACAGAGCCGCGGAUUGGAUUGCUAAUGUAGGUCACCUCAUUGUUGAGCCCAUGUGUAACCCUAAUUCCAGCCCGAAUUUAGAAGAUAUUGUACACAGUGAUUACUUAGGAUUUACCCUCGUGCGGAGGGGCUCCUAA